UGACUGUCCGUCCACUUGUCUGUCUAUCUUCAUCAGCUCCAAUGCAAAGUGCUCCCAGGAGUGAGGUGUUACUCCCUUGUAACGCCUCGGGGCUCGAUGACAUCACCUGGACCUUCAACCACAACCAGACCAUCCUCAGAAGACAAGCAGGACAAGAGAAGGUGGUGGAAACAGAAUGGCAGCAGCAUGUAAGAAACCUGUCUGAAUCAGGCAGCCUCCUGCUGUUUGUGACCUCAUCAGCCCAGAGUGAAGGGACGUACAGGUGUACUCUCAGGUACGCAGACGAAGAAGACGUAACCCACAUUGAACUGAAGAUACUGGACCCUAUUGGAGAGGGAUCCAAUAGAACACAUUGGAUCACAUUAGGAGUCAUCCUUGCAGUUAUCCUUUCAGCUAUCAUCGUCAUCAUCUGGAGAAUAAUAUUUAAACCAAAGAAAACAACAAUAGCUGCUGGAAAUGGGACAUCUGCUCUCCCAUCCUCACCUCUCCUCUCUACAGAGAUUCCUGCAGGUCAAGCAACAUCCAGCACCACAUUCAGCCUUCUAGCUCCCUCUAAUGAAACACAACCUGAAGGUCUAGAGACAUCCAGCCCUCCAUCUCCCUCCAGUGAAACACAACCUGAAGGUCUAGAGACAUCCAGCCCUCCAUCUCCCUCCAGUGAAACACAACCUGAAGGUCUAGAGACAUCCAUCCCUCCAUCUCCCUCCAGUGAAACACAACCUGAAGGUCUAGAGACAUCCAGCCCUCCAGCUCCCUCUAGUGAAACACAGCCCGCAGCAGCUGAUGGAGAAGGGACAUCUGGUCUCCCAUCCUCACCUCUCCUCUCUACAGAGUUUCCUGCAGGUCAAGCAACAUCCAGCACCACAUCCAGCCCUCCAGCUCCCUCCAGUGAAAGACAACCUGAAGGUCUACCAACAUCCAGCCCUCCAGCACCCUCUAGCGAAACACAGCCUGAAGGUCAAGCAACAUCCAGCCCUCCAGCUCCCUCUAGUGAAACACAACCUGAAGGUCUAGCAACAUCCAGCCCUCCAGCUCCCUCUAGUGAAACACAGCCUGCAGCAGGUGCUACUGCGGUGCUUAGGAGUUGACUGGGAGUGGUAGGGGCUGAUUCUGACCUCUGAGUCCUCUGCUGGGAUUAGAGUCUGCUGCUAUGUUGCCCGGUGUCUUCAUCUGAGGUGGACUGGGAGGAUAUAUUCAUUCUGCACCAGAGAAGGCUUUGAAAAGGUCAGACGGACAAUGUGAUGGAUGAGAACCACCGAGCAACCUCAUCACCACAACAGCAACAACAACAAAAUGGACGUCCUUGGUGACGCACCAAAGAGCACACGUCCAAUAGCUCAGACACAUGGAUCUGGAAUAAUGGGAAUGACCAAGUUUUAUGGUCAUUUUUUCGGUGGUCUGAGGAUCUCGUCACUGCUUUUUGCAGAUGAUGUGGUCCUCAUUGGAUCAUCGGCCUGUGACCUUCAGCACUCACUGGAUCG